ACUUCAGUACCCCGCUCGAAGCGCGUUCGCGCGCACGCCGCGUCGUUCUUCUGUGUUUUUGUGUUGUGCUAAAAAUGAGGCGAAACCUGAAAAUCCUUUCUCUUCUGGGCGCUGCCUGGAUGUUUUUUAUGUUCUAUUAUAUGCAGCCAGACACCGCACCGUCAAAGGAAGAAAACAUAGCACUUAGAUUAAUAAAGCAGCACGCAGACACAGAAGAACCUGAGAGCAGUCCGAUAUCACUCGAAGAGUAUGGCACAGGCAGUACUGGAAAGUACUUCGAUGAGGCAGGCUAUGUCGCUGGGGGCGCAAAGGACAAUGACCCCUACGUCAGGAACAGAUUCAAUCAGGUGGCUUCCGAUGCGUUGCCUAGCAACCGAGGUGUGCCUGAUACGAGAAAUGCUAUGUGCCGACUGAAAAAAUACGACGAAGAAUUGCCUGAAACGAGCGUUAUCAUUACCUUUCAUAAUGAAGCGCGAUCCACACUCCUACGAACCAUUGUCAGUGUGUUAAAUCGAAGCCCAGAACAUCUAAUUAAGGAAAUAAUUCUAGUCGACGACUUUAGUGAUAACCCUGAAGACGGUGCUGCACUGAGAGCAAUACGAAAAGUGCAAGUUAUUAGAAACACAAAGAGAGAAGGUCUGAUGAGAUCUCGGGUCCGUGGUGCAGAUGCAGCCACCGCACCGGUACUCACCUUUUUGGACUCACAUGUGGAGUGCAACGUUCAUUGGCUGGAGCCUCUGCUUAAGAGGAUUAAAGAGGAUCCAACGCGGGUAGUGUGCCCAGUUAUAGACGUGAUCAGCAUGGAUACGUUCCAGUACAUUGGUGCGUCGGCGGACUUACGCGGCGGCUUCGAUUGGAACUUGGUAUUCAAGUGGGAGUAUCUAUCGCAUGCUGAACGAAGUGGCCGCUUAAGUGACCCAACCCAAGUGAUCCGAACGCCCAUGAUCGCUGGGGGUCUUUUCAGUAUGGACCGGGCAUAUUUCAACAAACUCGGCAAAUACGAUAUGAGGAUGGACGUCUGGGGAGGAGAGAAUCUUGAAAUCUCUUUCAGAGUAUGGCAAUGUGGUGGUUCCCUAGAGAUAGUCCCAUGCUCUCGCGUGGGACAUGUCUUCAGGAAACGCCAUCCGUACACAUUCCCUGGGGGAUCUGGAGCUGUCUUUGCGAGGAACACCAGGAGAGCUGCUGAGGUGUGGAUGGAUGAUUAUAAGGAACUAUACUAUCGCUCACAACCACUUGCUAAACAAGUUGAUUUUGGAGACAUUUCCGAACGGAAAUCUCUAAGAGAAAAGUUACACUGCAAACCGUUCCGUUGGUACCUCGAACAUGUCUAUCCAGAGCUCCAGGUGCCCGCGUUCGCUGGAGGAUAUCGCACGAUACGGCAGGGGAACAGGUGUCUGGACACUAUGGGUCACCUCGUUGAUGGCACCUUGGGUCUGUACCCCUGCCACAACUCAGGCGGGAACCAAGAGUGGUUAUACGACAACGGCCUAAUCCGACAUCACACGCUCUGUAUAUCGCUUUCUGAUGAUAGAGUGACAGCAGUUCUCGCUCCUUGCGACCAAUCUGAUGACUCUCAGCUUUGGAAGAUCAAGGGAUCAAUGAUAAGGCAUUCAAAGCUAGACGCAUGUCUGGACUCGGAUAGACCUUCCUUAUACUUAACUAAAUGUGAUAGAAGUAAAUCCAGUCAACUCUUUAACUAUUGAUGGUUGAAAAAAAAGUUAUUGCUGAUAAGGGGGUUAUUAUAAUCUUUAACAGCCUCACCAUGGUUCCACUAGACUUUACAUUUAUGACAGUAAUUAUAUCCAUGAAAUGGCGACGCUAGCGCUUGGCAAAGAGAUGAGAGAACACAAAUUUUAAUUAAUUAAUUGAUACAUAACAGGAAAUUUUUAUAUAAUAACCCCUAGUAUCUUAACAUGGGAUUCAAGCGUUUAUAUGCUUAAAGUAUAUCUGAUGAUUUAGUAUGUACGCUUAGAAGUCUUUGCCUUUUAUUGUUUUCUUCACGUAGCUGAGUUAUUUUUGUGUAUAAUAUAUAAACUUAUAAACUGCCUUCUUCAAAGAUAUUCGUAGUAGUCGUUAAUGGCAUCACUCAUACAUAUUUAUAAGUCGGACUAGUAUCUAGAAAUUGAUAUUAAUCUCUUAACACCAAAACUAUGAUUAAUAUUAGCGAAGUGCACUUCUUCAUCAAUCAUAUCACAAAGUUCAGAGUAUCUAGCAUUGUCUAGUGCCAUAGACAUGUUUGACUUUACAUUAAUGCAGCCCUAUUUCGACAGAAUCAAUUAUAUUCUAACAUUAAAUAAUUAAGUUUGUGGCAUUGUGAACAUCUACUAGUCGUCAUUCUGUUACAUCUGAUUACAUCUUUAGAUUUCCAGAAUAACACACAUUAGACAAACAUAAUAAGGAAGAGAACAAUAAAAUACGAAUCCUACGCAUAAAGACCAUAUAGUAGAAAUGAUUUAAUAAUAUAAUUAGCAAUCUCAAUUAGACAUUCCAAUUGAUAAGACUAUAGUUUUAAGUUCACAGAUCAUCACUGUACAUUUAUACAUUGUAUUAUACACAUUCACAAUACAUAAGUUACCAAUGUAAAUAAUGUGCCGGGAUUGUGGAAUGGAAAAUGAGUAGGUUUAGAGAGGUUUAAGAAAAGCUGUUUGUGUAAAUAUCUUUAUAAGAAUUUUGUUGCAAUUAUUUUUUAUUAAAAUAGUUUAUUUUUAAACCUCCUAUGUUAUAUUAGACGUGUAUUUACACUUAAUUCACUGCUGCUUGAAAAUUAACUUCAAAGUUUGUUAAAGAAUGUUUAAUUUAAUCUCAAUUAAAUAAAAAAUCGUUUUAUAAGCUUUGUGUGUCGCAAUAAAGUGAUAUUUGUAACAUAUAUUUCUUUAUACGUUUCGAAGAUAUUAUAAGUUUAUUUUCUGUUAUUUAAAUUUAAGAUAAGUUUUUAUUUUUAUAAAAUUUUAUUCACAUAGUUUUACGCUAAACCGUCCUGUUAAUUAUUUGAAAUCUCAUUAUAAUAUAAUUUUUAAUCACUGCCAUUUCAAAAAUAUAUAUUUUUCUUAUAAUUUAAUGCCUUCUGUAAACCUCUGAAAUAUAAGAAUAUUAUUUCGUUAUCUAUAACUACAAUAAUCUUAUGACUAGAGUAACAAUAAUAGUUCAUAUAAGAUUAUAGCAAUUUGUGAAAUAUAACUUGAGGAAAUAGAUUUAAUAGAUAAAGCAAAUUGUUAAUUUUAAUUUCAAUCGUCAUUUUUGUCGAAGCGAGAUAAAAAUAUCAAUGUGUAAUAAAUAUAAUUGUUUUAUUU